UAUACAGCGAAACUAGAACUCUACAUGCAGGUGUUAAAGCCAGCCAUAAGAUCAGUAAGUUUAGAUGCUAAAAACAAUUUCAAAAGCUGCAAUGGAUUACACAGCAUUCCUUAGCAAAACAGCCAGAGCAAGGAAACCCUCUGCUCUGAGAGAACUAUUUGAUGGAAUCGGUGUAGACGAGACGUAUGUUUUAAUGGCUGGCGGUCUUCCAAACCCAGAAGUCUUUCCUAUUACGGACAUGGCGAUUACAUUCGGUGACGGGACAGUUUCAAAAAUCAGCCAAAAUAACUUAAUGGAAGGACUUCAGUAUGGUAGAACGACUGGGCAUCCGGAAAUCCUGAAGUUCAUUAAAGAUAUAACAAAGCGUCUACAUGAUCCACCGCGCAUGGGUGAUUCAAGUCAUCCAGGCGCUACAGAGGUUUUGUUGACAUCUGGUUCCAAUGACGGAAUUUAUAAAUCUGUAGAAAUUCUGUUGGGCGAAGGGGAUGUAGUGUUAACAGAAGAGUACGUUUAUCCAAAUCUUGUGGCGGUGACGCAGCCGAUAGGUUGUGACGUCAAAGCCAUUCGAAUGGAUAAAGACGGUAUUAUACCGGAAUGUCUUGCUGCCGAGCUGUCUAAAUGGCCGAAACCGGUAGACGGAAAACCUUCAUUAGGGAGACUAAAGGCGUUAUACUGUGUUCCUAACGGAGAUAAUCCAACCGGUGUACGGUAUACGAACGAACGGAAACGGGAAAUAUACAGGCUGGCACAAGAAUAUAAUUUCAUUAUAAUAGAGGACGAUGCAUACUUUUAUUUGGAAGAAAAACCAUUCAACGAAAGUUUCCUUUCAAUGGACGUUGAUGGCAGAGUAAUCCGUCUGGAAACAUUCUCUAAGACUAUCGCCCCUGGUCUCCGGCUAGGUUUUGCCCUCGCCCCCAAACCAUUUUUCAAUCAACUGAGAUAUGUAUCGCAGGCAUCCACUCAAGGCAGUUCGAAUGUAUCUCAGAUGUUAGUAAGGGAGUUAUUUAGAAAGUGGGGAGUCGAUGGUUACAUAAAACACUGUGAAGAAGUGAAUGAUUUUUAUUCCAAAAGACGAAUCGUGUGUGAAAGAAUAGCCAGAAAACAUCUUAACGGAAUGGCUGAGUGGGAAAGCCCGACAGGUGGAAUGUUUUUAUGGAUGAAGUUUAAAGGUGUAAAGGACACGUUAAAACUCGUCAUGGAAAGACUUCUAAAAAGAAAGGUCCUUAUUGUGACAGGGGCUGCUUUUUCUGCUGACGUCACAAGGCCGACACCCUAUGUACGAAUAUCAUACUCUAAAGUGUCCGAAGAGGAUAUGGAAAAGGGAUUUGCUAUCAUUGCGGAAGAACUGAGAGCCUUGCAAAACGAACAAAAUUAAGCGUAAACCGGCGGCUGCGUCAGAAAAGGGGCGCAACAACAAUGUGACUUAUGGAUUGUUAUCUUAUACGAGUUACCUCGCUUGAAUUAGAAAAGAAAUAUGUUUGAAUAUUUCUUUAAAAUGUGAUAUGAUAUGAAUUGCAAUAAAUAUAAUUUGAAAUAUAAAAUUAUUGGUGGAAGUUGUUCAGAAAGUA